AUGACCCCUAUCAGUGCUCAUUCUGUAACUGUAAUGAGACUAGCAGUUGAUGAACCUUCCAAAGCUGCUCUAGAGAUACCACUUGAGAUGUCUGAUAGCAAAUUUGCUGAAGACCCCAUCCAACAGCUUUGGACUCUAGAAUCAGUCGGAAUUGUUGAUCAAGAUAUGUCACCGGAGGAUAAAUUUGUACUGGAAGAAUUCAAGAAUUCCAUCAAUAUGGUUAAAGGACGAUAUGAGGUAUCUCUCCCCUGGAAAGUCGAUAAGAAACAACUCCCUACCAACUUAGCACUCUCGAGGAAAAGACUGAACAGUACUAUUCACAAGCUGAAACAAACUAAUCAGUAUCUGGAAAUUUAUGACCAGAUCAUCAAAGAACAACUGUCUCUCGGCUUCAUUGAAACAGUGCCAGAAGAAGACCAAAACCGGACAAAUGUCCAUUAUUUACCCCAUUUACCUGUGAUUAAGGAUUCAACAACAACGCCCAUUCGCAUUGUAUUUGAUGCAAGUGCCCGGAUGGACAAGCAGGCCCCUAGCCUGAAUGAUUGCUUAUACUCUGGCCCAUCCUUGACUAGUCAUUUAACCGACUUGUUGUUGAAAUUCCGUCUCGACCCAUUUGCGGUAUCGGCAGACAUCAGCAAAGCCUUCUUACGGGUAGGUCUCCAACCUAGGGAUCGUGAUUAUACACGUUUCAUUUGGCUAAAAGAUCUUAACAAUGAAAAGGACCUUCAAGCCUAUAGGUUUAGAUCAGUUCUCUUUGGAGCCACCUGCUCGCCUUUUUUACUCCAGUCAACCUUGCAACAUCACUUUGAAACCUACCCCACUUCACCUGAAGUUAGUUUCCUCAUGACCAAAUUUUAUGUGGACAACUUAAUUGGUUCCUUACCAACAACAGUCAGCCUCUACAGCCUUUACAAGGUUGCAAAGGAAGUCCUGUCAGAUGCCGGAAUGCCUUUAAGAGAAUGGAUCAGUAAUGACCCAACCUUCAACGAAAUGGUAAAACAAGAAGGUGAUGGAACAACAGAAGGCUCAGAUCUUGUCAAAGUUCUAGGACUUCAUUGGAACUACAAGACUGACCACUUAAGCAUAAAACCCCCUACCUUUGAGGAAGCUCCGCUUACCAAACGGCUACUUUUGAGCAACCUUUCAAAAGUAUUUGACCCUCUAGGAUUGUUUGCUCCCAUAAUUGUACGAGCCAAAGUUCUUAUGCAAAAGAUCUGGAAACUAUCUAAAAGGUGGGAUGAUGUUUUGCCACCAGAACUUCAAGAAGAGUGGUCGAAGAUCAAGAAAGACCUCGAGAACAUAGCAUACCAGGAAUUCCCACGCUUUACAGCCAACAGAGGGACCAACUACUCUCUUCACGUAUUCUGUGAUGCUAGUGAAAAGGCCUAUGGGGCUGCAGCCUAUUUGAUGGACCAACACGCAGGUGCGAACCUAAUUUUCUCUAAAGCAAGAGUCGCCCCUCUCAAAAAGAAAAGCAUACCACAACUUGAGCUGACUGCCAACUAUAGUGCAGUCAAAAUAGCUGACUACCUCAGAACCGUUUUCACUACCGAUGGUGUCAAGAUUACUGACACUGUCAUAUGGUCUGACAGUAAAGUUGCCCUACACUGGAUUCAGAACAACAAAUCUAAAAACAUCUAUGUCCGCAACAGGGUGAAUGAGAUAAGUCAGGUCACUGAAGUGAAGUACCUCUAUGUACCUGGUGAAGAAAACCCAGCAGACCUUGUCUCUAGAGGAAUUUCCAUGCGGCAGUUUAAGAAAAGUCAAAUUUGGUUCCAUGGCCCAAGUUGGCUCCCGAACCCAGAGAUGUGGCCAGAGCAGGCAGAUGUAUCUACAUGCUACCCACCUGAAACACCUGAAGAAGUUUUAACUACAGUUGUCAGUGAAGAAGCUACUUGUCCCAUAGAGAUCCAUAGGUUCGCUUCCCUUCCUAAACUUAUAAAUGUCACUAAGCUAGUAAUUAAGUUCACUAGGCUCCUUAAACGUACCAUUGGGAAUCGUAAAACUAAGAACUCUGGACCCGCAAACUCUGAAAAUGUCGAAGUACAGAACUCAGAAGCAUUACGAAUUCUUAUUGGCUUCACACAGAGUCAGUAUUUCCCAGAGGAGUUGUCAUACCUUAACAAGAAUUCCCACAAAAUUCCAGCCAGAAUUAAAAGCCCAGGCUUGUUCCUGGAUGAGAAUGGACUUUUGAUGCACUGGGAGACUACAAAAUGCGGACCACCUUCCAUAUAG